UAUGCUAAAAACAUAUGACAUAUUUACAUUAAGAGUAUGCAGAUCGCAAUUGGGUUGGCUUCUAGCGAGUCGGUGGCAAUGUUCCUGAUUCACGGCUCACUGUUCGUGCGAUCGACGGUUGAGUGUUCAGUUGCGUUUUGAAAGCGAGAAAGUGUAGUCGUUUCAACUUUGCUGCAAACAAGAAAUAGAAACGGUCAUAGCGCGCUAGAACAUUUAAAUAGUAAAAGACGAAAGCACAACAAUCGAUAUACAAGUGAAGCGAUGAAAAUGAAUGAAUAAAAACUGUUAAAUAUUCAAAAUUGUAUUAUUAUUGCUGAUAUAAAUUGCUGGACUGAUAGGAGAUCAUUUACAUUUCGCUCUUCGUUUUUCAUAAUUGUGUUGUCGGAGGAUUAACUCACAUAAUUGGAUAGAAAGACAAGGCACACAUUUUUCUAUCUAUUUAGCGGUGCACUUGGACUUUUUUGCAUUCAUUGAAAUGCAAAUCUUAGGGAUAUGCUUACUAGCAUUGCUGGGCGUGCAUCACCUCUAUGCGCUUGACAACUAUGCGUCGCGAAAUUUCACAGUUGACUGGAAUAAUGAUCGUUUCCUAAAGGAUGGUCAACCAUUUCGUUUCAUAGCUGGUUCGCUUCAUUACUUUCGCGCACAUCCAGAUAGUUGGCAACGCAAAUUACAGACACUGCGAGCGUCCGGCGUAAAUGCGGUUACGACGUACGUUGAAUGGUCACUGCAUAAUCCCAAAAAUGGCUCCUAUGUUUGGACUGGAAUAGCAGAUUUGGAGAAAUUUAUCAAACUGGCCGAUGAAGUGGGUCUACUUGUGAUACUGCGACCUGGACCUUAUAUAUGUGCGGAGCGUGAUUUUGGUGGUUUCCCGUACUGGUUGCUCACCAAGUAUCCCAAUAUAAAGCUGCGUACAUCUGAUAUAAACUACUUGUUCGAAGUGCGCACGUGGUACAAUGUGCUAUUCAAUCAGCUGAAAUCUUACCUCUACGGGAAUGGAGGUCCUAUUAUUAUGGUACAGGUGGAAAAUGAGUACGGCUCCUAUUUUGCCUGUGAUAAAAAAUAUCGUACUUGGUUGCGAGAUGAGACACUCACACAUGUCCAAGACAAAGCCGUGCUCUUCACCAACGACGGCCCGAGCGUACUGAGGUGUGGUCACAUUGAAGGCGUGCUGGCCACUAUGGACUUUGGUGCAACCAACGACAUAAGCAGUUAUUGGGAGCGCUUGCGGCAGAUACAACCUAAAGGUCCACUGGUAAAUGCGGAAUUCUAUCCAGGUUGGCUGACACAUUGGUCGGAACCAAUGGCACGUGUGCGCACCGAGGCGAUAACGAAAGCAUUUGUUGAAAUGUUGGAUGCUGGUGCUAGCGUCAAUUUUUACAUGAUGUUUGGUGGCACGAACUUUGGCUUCACCGCUGGCGCUAACGAUGGCGGUCCCGGUCGCUAUCAACCUGAUAUUACUUCCUAUGACUACGAUGCACCUAUGGAUGAGGCUGGCGAUGCGACUUCGAAAUAUUAUAAAUUACGCGAAAUUAUUGGGCGCUAUCUACCACUUCCCAAUAUACCAAUACCCGCGCCGGUACCAAAGAAACACUAUGGCACUAUUCGACUUAAUCCCUGCUGUACAUUACUCUCAGCAAAGGGUAGAGAAAUACUCUCAACUGGUGUUGUGUUCAAUAACAAACCAUUGACUUUCGAAGCACUUGAUCAGUACUCAGGUUUUGUGCUCUACGAAACUUUGCUGCCGACCGUCAAACGCGAUCCAAGUAUUUUGCGUGCCAGCGGUGUGCAUGAUCGCGCUUAUGUAUACAUUGACGAUCAGCUCGUGGGCAUACUUUCACGCGAGACGCCCAUACUUGAGCUACCAAUUAGUCCCAGUUACGGCAAGCGUUUGCAAUUGCUGGUGGAAAAUCAGGGACGCAUCAAUUAUGGACCAGUCACUGAUUUUAAGGGCAUCACCAGUAAUGUAGUGCUCGAGAAAGAUGUGCUGUCCAAUUGGACCAUGACCAAGUAUCCACUAGAAUCCAUUGAGGACAUUGAAACUCUUAUAUCACUGGUGAAUGCUGAUUAUAUUAAUAGUGUUGGUUUCUACGAAGAAAAAGGAGGUUCGGUGUUGCGAAAUGGACCAAAAAUAUACUAUGGCCAACUAUCGAUUGCGGAAGGCCAACUAGGUGAUACGUACUUAGAUACCAAAGGUUGGGGUAAGGGGCUGGUGUUUGUGAACGGUGAAAAUUUAGGUCGCUAUUGGCCAAUGGCAGGCCCACAGAUGACGCUCUAUGUGCCACGCGAAGUACUUAAAAGCGGUGACAAUCGCAUUGUACUCAUUGAGUAUCAACGCGCAGCUCCAGCAAAUGAAAUCACAUUCACCAACACACCAAAUUUGGAUGGUCGCUAGCAGCGAAGUGAAAUUGAAAUUGAAAUAAGGCUUAAUAGUUUGUAUGCUUGUUUUACGAGGAAUGGUGACAAUAAAUAGAUUAUAGAAAAGGAGAUCAAAUGAA